GUGCCCAGCUGGCCAAGAAGGACAAGGGCAUCCUGGUCUGUAUCAGGAACAGUGUGGCCAGCAGGGCCAGGGAGGUGAUUGUUCCCCUGCACUGGGCACUGGUGAGGCUCAACCUCGAGUGCUGUGUCCAGUUCUGGGCCCCUCAGUGCAAGAAGGAACGCAGGGGCCGGAGCGUGUCCAGAGCCGGGCAGCAGCGCUGGGGAAGGGUCUGGAGAACAGGUUGUGUGAAGAGCAGCUGAGGGAGCUGGGGGCGUUUAGCCUAGAGGAGACACGACCACUCUCUACAAGUAGCUAAAGGGGAGUUGUGGGGAGGUGGGGGUUGAUCUCUUCUCUGCGGUAGUGAGUGAAAGAACACGAGGCAAUGGGUUUGGGUCGCAGCAGGGGGGCUUUAGGUUGGACAUUAGGAAGAACUUUUUCACUGAGAGGGUGGUUAAACAUUGGAACGGGCUGCCCAGGGAGGCAGCAGCGGUGCAGUCACCGUCCCUAGGGAUAUUGAAAAGACAUCUAGAUGAAGGACGGAGGGAUAUGGUUUAGUUUAGGGAUGGGCUUGGCAGGGUCAGCUUAGUGCUUGGACUCGACGAUCUUCAAGGUCCUGUCCAACCGUAACGAUUUUGUGAUUUCUCUGAAAACUUCACUGGGACCGUCUGGCAGACGCAGAAGAAAAAUUCAUGUGUUGGUUUGUAAUAGACAUGGAACAAAUGUUUCUCUUAACUCGCCCACGAACUCAACUGUGGCCACAGUGCAAACAAGUGACAGUCAAAACAAGUGAGAGACCUGGGGAUGUUCAGCCUGGAGAAGAAGAGCCUUGGGUUGCUUCAGGGGAGGCUUAGCUGGGAAAUGAGGAAGAACUUUGCCCCUGAGAGGCUUGUUGGACUGGCGUGGGCUGCCCAGGCAGGUGGGGGAGUCCCCAUCCCUGGAGGGAUGCCAAAGCAGUAGAGCUGAGGUGCUGAGGGAAAUGGCUCAGUGGCAGGCUUGUCAGUGUAAGGUGAGGGCUUGGACUCGAUGAGCUCGAGGGGCUCUUCCGACCAAAAUGAUUCCAUGACUCUGUGAGAGCAGCCGCCGCUGGGACACGGGGCCCGGAGCUGCUGGGACGGCCAAGACGCAGCACAAGAGGCGGUGCAGCCUUCCCAUCCUCUGGCCUCCCCUUGCCUGUGGUGCCCCUGAGACGGGCCCCGUGGCACUGCCGGCGCGUGUGCCGGGUCCCAGAACCAUGGAGAACCCAGUCCCUUUGUGACAUCACCUCGGACCACACCCCACCUGCUGCUGAUAUCCUGCGCCCAAGGCACUGGCCUUGCCAGAGGCACAGGAGCCAGCACCAGGAGCGGCCAUGGAGCCGGGACCCAGCGGGCACUUGCCUGGCGUCAGGCCCGUACUCUUCACGGUCUUUGACCAGCUGAGAGAUAUGACAAAUCUGCUGUUUAAUAGGAACCAAGAGCUGAGACGGGAAUUGGAGCGGCAGGACCAACAGCCGUUCCAGCACGGCUACCGCGGCGCAGGUCCCAGCUCAGCACCCCCUUAUGUGUCUGUGCCACACAGAGUCCCGCGAUCCUUCCCGAGCUCAGGUGAGAGCGCAGGCAGCUCUGUAGCGGCCUCGGGCCUGUGGGUGCCGCAGCUGCCAACAUCCACACCUCGACCUGUUGCCCGCCCUUCGAACUGGGGGCUGACACUGACAGAGCAGAGCUGGACCUCCGGAACCCCCUCUUGGGAGCCAAGCUUCAGCCGGCGAGAGAGCUGGCAGCCGAGAUGGCAGCGGCUGCUGGGCGAGAUCGCCUUCCAGCUUGACCGCCGAAUCGUCCACAGAGUCUUCCCCAACGCCGAUCGCUACCGCGGCUUCAGUGCCGCCACCAUCCCCGAGGGAAUCAUGGAGAUGGUCGAGGAGACGGAGCGGGGAGCUAGCCGUGAUCUGAGCGUGGCCGCAAUCUGGAACUAUGAGUUUGUGAUGAGGCGACUGUGGGCACUGGGCUACGUCCCCGAGGUGCACUUGCCCGCAAUCGAGGCCUUCAUCAACACCUACGGCCGCCUGGAGCGGUCGUACUGGUUCCCGGCCGAGCCAAACGUGGCCUUCCUGCGCCACGUGGUCAGCCAGGAGGUGCCGCCGGAUCUGCGGCCCAACGCCAUGGUGCUGCUCGAGUGCCUGCUGCAGCUGGCACAGGAAGAUGGGCAGCCCCUCUUCUGCUACUGA